AUGUCAUUACUAAACUUCAAUCAACAUCAAAACUCGCAAGGCGAAGACAGCAAUGAAGUUUUGAAGAAGUUACCCCAGGUCAGGGCUUUCAUGUAUCAGACAGCUACAGAGUGCAUUGAGUCCUUUGUCGCAAGACAUUCAAUAUUUAUACACGUUCCAGAGAGAACUAUGAAAGUUAAAAUCUUAGAAUAUGUGCUUACAUCUCUAACUCUUCAAAUCAUUAUAUCUAUUGGUGAUGGAAAUAACGAAGAGCUUUCGCUAACCCCCUACAGUAACAUGACACGAAAAUAUGGCAAGAAGCGCCCUGCUGCUAGUGCGGCAGCUGUAGCCAUAUUUGGAUCUGCAACUCAACCAGUGGCUUCUGAGACUACUGUUUCUACUUCGCCCCCAAUACCACAAUCUCUACAAUCUCCACAAGCUGAUCUUGCGGAUAUCACGGAUCUUCUUGAAAAUACCAAACUCGAGGCAUCUUCUGAUGAAGUCAUCAUUCUCCUUGAGAAGACAACUCUAGAAAAUUGUGUUGAGGAUGUUGGGAAUUCUCUCGAGAAAACCAAACAAUGCUCUUCUCUCGAUGAUGUCGCCAAUCUCCUGGAGAGGACGACUUUAGAAAAUGCCCCCGACGAAGUCACUUGCGCAGAUAAUACACUAGCCAAUGUUGAACCAACAAUCGAGAAAUCAACCCCUCAGACACCUACUCCCAGCGCUCCACCUCUAUCCCCACUCAACCCCCGCCUUGCAGCCUCUCUCUCGCCCCUCUUAAGCGCCUACGAAAAGGACAGCGGUUACCCUUUAGCCACUAAAAAGUGGGACGAUGUUCUGGCACCCGAUUCAAGUAUUCAGAAAAUAGCCGAAGCAUCAUAUGCCGAAGUAUUUCGCAUAACCAACCCAGCCGGUUCCUCAAUUCUCAAACUUCUCCGUCUCAAAGUUCCCACCGACCCUACUUCAAGAAGAUCCGACACCGCCAUCCAAGUCGACACCGUUGUCUCAGAAAUGCGUCUCAUGAAUGCACUUACCGAGAUACCCGGUUUUGUGAAAUUCAAAGAUGCACAUAUAGUUGAAGGGAAACCACCAACAGCAUUUGUGAAAGCAUACGAAGGUCACUUGAAUGCCGGUGGAGAAUCAUAUUUUCCCCACCCAAAUAAGAUUUCCAAACACGCAGUAUUCUUGGCCAUCGAACUCGGCGAUGCAGGACAUGUGUUGGAGAAAUAUUCAAUCAAGAAUGUGGAUCAAUUAUGGGAUAUAUUCCUUAGUGUCGUCAUCGCUCUCGCAAGAGCAGAAAUCGAAUAUGAAUUCGAGCACCGCGACCUCCACGAAAAUAAUAUAUGUAUCCUCGAACACACCCCUACUACCACUACCUCAAACCUCAAAUCCAAAUCAAAGUCCAAAUCCAAACCCAACACCCGCACCCCACCCUCUCCCCAUAAAUUUGGCAACUCUGGCCUCGAAAUAACCAUCCUCGACUACGGUCUCUCCCGCGCCACCAUAUACCCCUCUUCAUCCUCCUCGCACCCCUCCCCCUCCCCCGAAACCGUCUUUUACAACCUCGAAUCCGACCCAGCCGUCUUCUCCUCCUUCGAACCCGGUACUAUCGCCGGAAUUCAAUUCGAUACCUACCGACGCAUGCGCGCCUACAUUUUUUCCGGUGGCCUCUCAAACACCAACGCCAACACACCUUCUAAAGCCAUUCGUGAUGCUAUCAAACAAAAAAAGCAUUCGUGGGAAGAAUAUAUUCCGUAUAGUAAUGUAUUAUGGUUAUAUUUCCUAAUGGAAUAUCUUACAGGCGUUGCCCCAAAAGGAAAGGGAAAACAGGGAAAACAGGCAUGGUUGAAGGAGACGGCAGAGCUAAGGUGGCUUUUACAUCCUGAUUGGAUGCCGGGGAAUGGCGUACAAGGUGCAGAUAAUGGGGAAAUACAACGAGAAGAACAGGAGGAAAUAGGAAUAGGAUGUGCAGGCGACGUAUUACAAUAUGCAUUCGACAUGGGCUGGGUCCAUGAAGAGGACUUGGGAACAGUAGAUACAAGUCCUACACGUCUACGCGAAAAUACCUACAUUGAGACGGAGAAGGAGAAUUCUGCUUGA